ACGAGCUUCAUUUUCAUUUUUCUAUCCAGUUUUGGAGGCAAAUAAAAGCUUUUGUAAAGAAGAGAAGAUGUAGUAAAAAUGUAUAUACAGUUACAAUUACACGGAAAGAUUUUGUUUAUGAUGUAAGAAAAGGCAGUGUUAAGGUAAAAGAAGAGGGAAAUAGAGUAAGGCUGCGGGAGCAUAUGCAGAUGGCUGAUUUAAGAUGAGUUUUUAAGAGGCAACUGGAUGAGUCACAUGUAAUGACAUAUUAGCAUGUAGCCAAAAGGCCAUGUCGCUGUUUUUCAACUAAUCAAUUCCUACCAGAAUUCACUAAAAGGAAAGCUUCCUAAUUAAUAAAAGGGAGACGGCAGGAAAAACAGAGAGAGGGAGGGGGGGCAAUGAAAAGAUUAAAAGCCUGCCAUUAACAAAUUGAUAUGUUGGCUAGCCUUUGUCUGCACAGUCUCCUGAAGAUUACGGAGUCGCUACCUAUUUAACCCCACUUCAGCUCCCACUUGCUUUGCCGAUCUCAAAAGAACACUACCUCUCUCUCUCUCCCUGCCUUCCCACAUUUACACUAAAAGUGAGGAGUGGGAUGAGUUCCAAAACCUUAACACUUUCGGUUUUUAUAGCUUUUCUUGUUUGGUCUUCAAACUUUGAAGGCUGCACUGCAAGGAGAGGAAAACACUGGAGACAGAGCAGGCAGACCUCGGCUUCUCUAUCAAAGAAGAAAGGCAGUCAUGGCGGUAGCAAGAGCCACCAUGUCAGUGGCUCCAACCCAAAAGCUCCUCCGUCACACAAUGCCUCCCCUUCGUCUCCAAUUCCUCCUAAACCAAAAGAAGAGAUCAUUCCAACUCCACCCAAGAAAGGCUACAAGGGUAGCGAUUCUGUCAUAUUCAACGUUCUAGAUUUUGGUGCUAAAGGCAAUGGAGAGUCUGAUGACACUAAGGCAUUUGAAGACGCUUGGGUAGCCGCUUGUAAGGUGGAGGGAUCGACGGUCAUGGUUCCGGCAGACUAUGUGUUCUUCGUAGGACCCAUUUCCUUCUCUGGCCCAUAUUGCCAACCAGAUAUUGUAUUUCAGCUGGAUGGAACCAUUAUGGCUCCCACUGAUCACCGAACUUGGGGGAAAGGUCUCUUGCAAUGGAUCCAAUUUACAAAGCUAAUAGGGGUUACCAUACGGGGAAGUGGCAUAAUCGACGGAAGAGGAUCCGUCUGGUGGCAAGAUUCCUCCUUUGAUGAGCCUAUAGACGACGAGAUGAAACUCAUUAUCCCCAUGAACAAGACCAGAGAUGAAGCAAAACCAACGCCGGUAGGAAGCAAUCUAGAAGGCAAAAUUCCCAGCAUCAAGCCAACUGCACUAAGGUUUUAUGGAAGCUUCAAUGUUACAGUCACGGGCAUAACAAUCCAAAACAGCCCCCAAUGCCACCUUAAGUUUGACAACUGCGUGGGAGUCCUGGUGCAUGAUAUCAGCGUCUCAUCUCCUGGAAACAGUCCUAAUACUGAUGGAAUUCACUUGCAAAACUCCAAAGACGUUCUAAUCCACAGCACCAGUCUAUCUUGUGGAGAUGAUUGUGUUUCUAUUCAAACUGGAUGCUCAAACAUAUACAUACACAACGUGAACUGCUGGCCAGGACAUGGAAUCAGCAUUGGGAGUCUAGGAAAGGACAAUACAAAAGCUUGUGUUUCAAACAUAACUGUCCGUGAUGUCACAAUGCAUAACACAAUGAACGGUGUUAGAAUCAAAACAUGGCAGGGUGGGUCAGGCUCUGUUCAGAACGUUCUCUUCUCAAACAUUCAAAUGUCCGAAGUUCAAUUACCAAUUGUGAUUGACCAAUUUUAUUGCGACAAAGCGAAAUGCAGUAACCAGACUUCAGGCGUGGCUCAAUCAGGAAUCGAUUAUGAGAAAAUCCGAGGGACUUACACAGUUAAGCCUGUACACUUUGCCUGUAGCGACAACCAACCUUGUAGGGAUGUAACGCUGACAACCAUAGAGCUAAAACCACUUCAAGAGCGGUAUCAUUUACAUGAUCCUUUCUGCUGGCAGACAUUUGGAGAACUGAAAACUCCUACUUCACCUCCAAUUGGAUGCUUACAGAUUGGGAAGCCGUCUAGCAACAGAGUUCAGUACGAAGAAAAUGAUUCCCGUUAAGCUUAGAGAGGAACAUUAAAAAGUUUCAGAAUCUAGGCACUACUGAACAGGGUUUCAGGAGGCCAUGGACGUCUCAAAAGUAUGGCUCUUAUCGUCAUCGCUCUAGUUGUUGGCGCUGCAGUCAUGUCCCCAAACAUAGAGUCUUUGGAUUGGGAGGAACUCACUGCUUUCAUCCCACAACACUCUUUCUGAGCUGCCCUUCCUGCAUCGUCAGCUGACGUUUCGUAUUUGGAUACUUUCUCCCUCCGAUGAAGCCGGCCUUGGCGCACCUCUUUCCAGUAAGGGAAGCCAAAAAUCCCCUGGUAACAAAACUGCACCAACUACUUGGUCCUUUUGCAUCCUUCUUGUAAUCCUCUUGAGGAUACAAAAGUAAGAGGAUUACAAGAGUAGUGGUUGUAGUAAGUUUUUAAGUUAAUGCUGCUCCUCAAAAAGGCUGAAUACCCAUUUUAGCAUCUUUUGAUUUGAUUUUUUACUUACUUUGUUUUUUUUUCUUCUUCUUCCUUUGGUUGUUAGAUUUGUUCAUGUUAUUUGCCUACUCUAACCUUCACAGUCUCGGCAAUAGAUGAUGCGAAAGGGAGUUGUUUCACUUCUAAAUGGAUUUUUCUAACUU